GCUGCUUUGGCCACGCCUCUGCGCGGGGAGCGGCGCGCGGGCAGCAGCGCUGAAGUCUGACAGAAGCGGCUGGCGAGAAGAGAAACUACUGCAGCGGAAAGCGUGUCUGAGCUCGGCUUGCUGUGGUUUCUGCUAAAUUAUUAUUAUUAUUUUUUAGUUGCUAUUGUGACCUAGCUUUCUUUCCCCCCACCCUCCUCGUUAAGAUGGCGUACCACAGCCCGUACAGAACCGCCCCGCAAAGCAACGCUCCGCCGGACCAGAGCUUCCUGUGGAAUAUCUUCCAGAGGGUGGACAAAGACCGGAGUGGGGUCAUUUCAGAUUCGGAGCUUCAGCAGGCCCUGUCCAACGGCACGUGGACCCCCUUCAACCCGGUGACCGUCCGCUCCAUCAUCUCCAUGUUUGACAGGGAAAACAAAGGUGGCGUAAACUUCAACGAGUUCGCCGGGGUGUGGAAGUACAUCACGGACUGGCAGAACAUCUUCAGGACCUACGACAGGGACAACUCGGGCUUCAUCGACAGGAACGAGCUCAAACAAGCACUGACCGGAUUCGGCUAUCGUCUGUCGGACCAGUUCUACGGCACUCUGAUCGAGAAGUUUGACCGGCAGAGGAAGGGACAGGUGGCCUUUGACGACUUCAUCCAGUGCUGUAUUGUGCUACAGAGGUUGACCGACGUCUUCCGGCGGUACGACACAGACCAGGACGGCUGGAUCCAAGUUUCUUAUGAACAGUAUCUUUCCAUGGUCUUUAACGUGGUAUAACGCACAUGAAGGCCACAGAAGAGCACAACUGGACACAACUGUGCCAAAGCUCCCGGCACCCUCUGGACGUCUGCCAUAGAAGACACUACAAUGUUUUUUUUUUAUUUUUAAUCUAGUCUCAGCCCGGGCUGGGCAGUUGAAUCUGAAAGGAAUAAUCUUAAAGCAAGAAAAACAAAGUGCUUUAUGUGUGGUUAGAAAAAAAAAAUGUUGUAGUGUUUUGUUGACACGUUUUGAAGAAGUCCAUGCUGGGGCCUGUGGGUUAGGGACAAUUAUGGACACAUCUGUCUUAUCUGUUAGUCUGUCUGUUCAUGUCGACACAUUUUUAAUGUUUUAAACUCAAGAGGUUGGAAGAAAAAAAAAAUAUUUCUGUUAAAUAAAACGAUGCACUGUAAAUAUAAUUUGCAUGCUUUUCAGGGAAAUUAAGGCCCGUAUCGAAGCAUGCCGUUCCUUUCUUUUGACUUGUCCUCUGCCCUCUUUGCUCAAAGCCAUGUUUACAAAAACUGUGAAAGCAGGUGAUGCUCUGCUUCGAGGUUCACUGACAUGCCAGCUUACAUGCCAUAUUUGUAUGAACAUAUUUUUAACAGCAAAUAUUUAAUUGCUAGAGCAUAUUUUUUUGGUAGAGGGUAAGCAUAAUAUCUUUAAUUUCGCUUUUUUUUUUCUUUCUGUGCAUGAUGCCUUAAAAUGUGCAAAAAGCUAAAUGACGAAAAAUCUUUUAUUAAAGGUCAUCCAAUGUUG